CCCGCCCCGCGCGUCCCCGCCCCGCGCGUCCCCGCCCCGCCGGCCCGGCCGCAGACAUGGACGAGGAGCGGGAGACUCUGCAAAGGAUUGUCAGUACUCUAGUGAACAAAAAUGAUGAAAUUCACAACUUCAUUGACAUGUUGAACCACACAAUAUCAAAUGUUCAGGCAAACUCCUCUAAUGCCAUCAGCGAGCUGGAUGAGGAGUUUGAUGGUCUGUAUUCUGUCCUGCAUGAGAUGAAGGGGAGCAUGGCCAACACUAUUCAGCAAGAAGAAGCUCGUAAAAUUCAAGCUCUGAAGGAUCAGCUGAGCCAGUGCAGCCGUGCCCUUGAGAGCUCAGAAGAGCUGCUGGAACUUGCUGUGCAGUCACUGGACAUAAAGAACCCUGUGGAGCUCUUAGAGGCUGCCAGACAGAUCAAAGAUAGUGCCACAGUGGCUUCGGCAUUCCGCCUCUCUCUGAAACCAAAAGUCAGUGACAGUAUGACUCAUAUGAUGGUGGACUUUGCCCUGGAAAAGCGGAUGCUCCAAGCUGUGAAGUUUUUGCCAGUCCCUAAAGCUCCAGAGAUAGAUGUAGCAGCAUGUCUGGUUGCUGACAACUGCAUAACAAUAUCGUGGAAAAUGCCUGAGGAAGACAGCAGAAUUGAUCAUUUUGUGCUGGAGUACAGGAAAACCAACUUUGAUGGGCUCCCUCGACUAAAAGGGGAACAGCGCUGGGAGCUGGUGGACUACAUUAAAGCUACUCAAUACACAUUAUCAGGUCUGAAAUUUGAUACAAAGUACAUGAACCUUAGAGUACAAGCUUGCAACAAAGCUGUGGCAGGUGAAUACUCUGACCCCGUGACUCUGGAAACCAAAGCAUUUCUGUUCAGUUUGGACAGUACUUCAUCUCAUCCGAACUUGAAAGUUGAAGACACUUACGUUGAAUGGGAUCCUACUGGAGGCAAAGGACAAGAAAAAAUAAAAGGGAAGGAAAAUAAAAACAGUGGCCAGAAACCUCUGCUGAAGAGCAAUAGAAGAAGCAGCACAGCGUCUCCGAAGAGAUCCACAAACAGCCCGAGGGCCUCGGCGAGGGGCAGCCGGGAUCGCUUCGCUGGUGAAUCCUACACAGUGCUGGGAGACACUGCUGUUGAAAGUGGGCAGCAUUACUGGGAAGUGAGAGCCCAGAAGGACUGCAAAUCCUACAGCGUGGGAGUAACCUACAGGAACCCGGGGAAGUUUGACCAGCUGGGAAAGACUAAUUCCAGCUGGUGCAUCCAUAUCAACAACUGGCUGCAAACCACCUUCUCAGCAAAGCAUAACAAUAAAGCAAAGACUCUAGAUAUACCUGUCCCAGACAGAAUAGGAGUAUACUGUGACUUUGAUGGAGGUCAGCUCUCAUUUUAUAAUGCAAGCUCAAAGGCAUUGUUACACACCUUCCGAACAAAGUUUACCCAACCAUUGCUACCAGGCUUCAUGAUCUGGUGUGGAGGGCUCACAGUGACUACUGGAUUGCAGGUGCCAAGUGCUGUGAAAACUCUUCAGAAGACUGAAAAUGGAUUGGGUGGUUCAACAAGCAGCCUGAAUAAUGUUGCCUAGUAAUGUCUGUUCAACACUUCUCCUGCUGAAUGUUUUUGUUUUUCUGUGUAGCUACUACUCACAGAAGCUUGUGAGCAUUGGAUUUUGCUGGGUUUGCUACCUUCUGCUGUUUAGGGCCUGGGUACUGAUAGUGCAAACGUUUGGGGCUAAAGUGUUAGGAACCAGUGCUGGGAGUCCAGAAGAAUGUCAGAAAGCUGAACUGUUGCCUAUUUAAAAAAAAAACAAAAAAACCAAGAGCUGUAACUAUGUACUUUUCUAAUACUGUAUUCAAGCAUUUUGUUACGGACUUGAAUAUUAAUUUUGUUGUAAAUGCUAUUCUUCUAUGAAGAAUAUAGCAAAUACCACUUUUUAGCUCUCCUAAUGCAAAUUACUUAACUAUAUAUUUAAUUAUUACUAGGCUUCCCAUUAGAAGUUGUGAUUUCUGAGAUGUAUUUUGAAAACAGACUGAUUUUUGCUGGCCUAGCCUGACAAAAUACCACAGCAGCAUGGUUUCAGAAGGAUAUUACAAGAAUGUGUAGGCUUGGUAUGAAGAAACAGUAAAAGAGCAGGCUGUGAUUAUUUCCCCCAGUGAUACAAAAUCUUUCUAUUUUCCAUGGGUAGCUCCUUUUUAAAACCAUGUGUAUUGAUAUUGGCUCCUGUUUGUCACCAUUACAUUAAUUGCAUUUUAAUUACCUUAGAAAAUUACGUGUAGAUGUUCCAUUGCCUUGACUCCCAUUUGAAAGCCUAGUAAAACAGUAGUAAAAUGAUUAAUAGUAAAGGGAGAGCUAAAAAAAAGAAAAAAAAAUCAUGUUAUAUUCUUCGUGGAAAAUCCCAGCUUGUCAGUGGGAAUUACUAGGUUAUUGCAGGCUUUUUUAAUCUUCUUUCUUCCCUCUAAUCAAGCCGAGGAGCCUAUAAAUAGUUUUCAGGUACACUCUUGAAUCAGGUGUUUCCUAACUGAAGAUUGUUUUCUGGUAUCACCCUGAAAACUAUUACGAAUUCAUGGUCCAUGACAUUUGGCUCAUUUCCUGCUGGGCCAGUGUAUUUCCCUUUUGUGUAUCCUUUAGCCCAUAAAACCAUAAGCACCUAAUCGUGUUAAACCUCAGUAUUGGCUCCUUUCUGUCCGUCAAUUUCUCAAGAGAAGAAGAAAUUCCUUGAGACACCUUCUAAUAAACUGGCUACGAUGUUCAGUGAAAAGUUAAAACUAACAAGGAAAUGUAAUUACCUGUUCUGGAAAGUGUUGUUUUUUCUUGAGGAGUCAUGAAGUUGACAGGUUGGCUGAGCCCUAAAAUGUUUAUUUUGUAUCUGGAACUCGAGCAUCUCUUAAUUAUUUGCAUUGUGAACGUGUAAUCUCUUUUUGCAGAGGAAAGUACAAACCAGUUCCCAGAUUAACUGUACCUUCUUCUGCGUGUUCUGUUGCUUGGGCUUUGGGACAAAGGCACUCAAAAGUGACGUGGUUCUUGGUCAACAGUGUUUGAAGCUGCUUCACACAUUAUCUGCAGAUGUUACUGUUAUGCAAAUACUCUGUGUAUAACCUUUUCUAUUUCCAUUUUACUGCAAUGGACACCUGACUAGGAGUUCUUGGGGAUAAAUUGCUACAAACUCAGUUUUGCAGCCAGUUCUAGUCCGGGGAUAUGGUGCCCAGGCACCAGGGCAGACUGGCACCUCCUCAUCACCACUCAUCACUUGUCUUGAUCUUGGGUGUUCAGCUGCAGUUCCUCUUCAAAUUUCCCUUUGUGGAAAGAAAGGGGAUGUUUACAAACAGCUAAUGUGUUGUGAGAACCAUGAGUAUUAUCCAGCCCUCUACAAGAGCAUUUAAAUAAUGAAGUUUUUUUUGUUUGGUUUUUUUUUUCCAUCCCUUUUUAGCAAGUUGUAGUGUAACCUGCAAGGUGAAUUUGAUAUGCACGGAUGUAAAAAUGUAAUUUUUCUUAUAACAGUUAGAGGAAAGCUUGGGAGUGUUUCAUACUGUGACUUGUGACUUGCAAGUUUAACUGAUGUCCUAGGUGAACCUUAACAUGUGACUUUUUGCCCUUAAAAGGAUGGAUUUGUUAUAUAAUAGUUUGCACAGAUGUCCAUUUUUUGCUGCUAACAUCUAGUCCAGUUGUCUUUAGUAAAUGGGGAUAUGAAGAAUUGCCUUAAGCACUUUAGGUAUUUUUUUUUGAAGUGUUUUUUCUGAGCUAGUGUCUCUCCAGCACCCAUCAUGAUAGGAGGAUGAGUGGCCCCACGCUGCUCCCAGUGAUCCUUUCUGUUGCAGUGGAUGCAGGGUUUCUGCCUGCAGCUGGACAGGGAUGCCUGGAGCCUGUGGAGUUACCUUUUCCUUUGUGAAUCCGCUUUCAGGGAUUUGGAGAGGGGUGGCUCUUUGGCAGUGGAUGAGAUUUUUUGGAGGUCUGUAGUUCAAUCCACCAGGCUUGUUUGCUCCGGGGCAAAUACUGCAUGGUGGCAAGACGGGUGUUUUCUGCUCUAUGACCAAAAGGAGAUGCUUAGUUUUUUUCUUUUCUUUCUUUCUUUCUUUCUUUUGAAGUUAUUUUUAACUUCGAAAGCCUGACUUUUGAGCAACUAAAGGUUUUCCUUGGGGUAUUAAUACAUCAGAC